AUGCUCUUGUUUGAUCGUCACAUCCGUGCCAUUCUACAAGCGAGAUUCAAGCUCUCGAAAAGCACGGCUACAGAGGUGUUUCAUCAGCCCUCCUCUCAGGGCGGAUCGGGAUGUACCUCUCUGCAGACGAUCGCAACAGCAACGCAAAUAGGACACGCCGUCCAGAUGCUCAACAGCAAGGACAGUAUGAUCGAAGCCGUUGCAGAAGGCCAGGUGCUGGAGAUCAUCAAGAGGGCGUAUGUAUACACAACCGCUAGUGAUGAGAGUGACCGAGUAGCAAUACUUACAUACCUCAACGGGCGAGACAUUGGAUGUCUCAAGAAGAGGAGCAAGAAUGUGGAUAUUAGAAGCUUAUGGUCGGAACUCCCAGGAAGCAUUUCGGCGAGCAAAAAGCGGAUCGAGGCUGGGAGUGAUGGCAGCUAUCUGGUGAAGACGGCAGAUGGCUCCUCCCUCGACCAAGAGCAUAUUAUUAGAAGUAUCAAGAAGCAUAUGGCAGGGUGGCAACGUGAUGUGUAG